AUCACAACAACUCCAACAGCAGUGAAACUUACACACUUCCACUUCAACUACCCACGGAGUCACUUUACACGACCAAACAUCCGCGUGGACAAUGAAUUCCUCAUGGAUAUAUGCUGAUAUUCCCGCUGCUGGCUGUCCAGUGAUCAGAAACGCCGGACUUUUAUUUUGUUUUCUAUAGUUUGGGCUAUCUGGUCAUGCUAGUUAGCUAACGACUGGUGACAAGAUAAAGACAAACUUAAAGCCAGAUAGCCUUAUUUUUCAUUUAUUUCUUUUCAAAAACGUCGAUUUUGCGAGGAGGAAGAGGAAGAUGAAGAAGAGGAAGACGAUGAUGAAGAUUAGAUCAACAGGGAACUGACUGUUAACAGACACAUAAAAAAUGCCCAGACGGAAACAGUCCAAUCCACAGCCUGUCAAAUUGGAGGCGGGAGAUGGAGUUGUGGUGGGCGAUCAAGAGAAUCUCGUGCUGGAGAGUGAUUUUCUCCUCGGACAGGACCUGGGCUUCGGAGAAAAUGACUACAGGAUCGUCGGUUUUGAGAGAGACUCGGACUCGGUCGCGGCAGAUGUGGGCAUGCCGAUGUACGGCUUUAGCGACGAGGACUGUUCCACCUACAACCACCUCGGUAUGGAGAGCGAUUUCGAGGACCCCCGUGACACAGAAAGCGAGCGAGAGGAGAUCGGCUCUUACCUCUCUUGCAGACAGUGCGGCCAGCUCCUCGGCGACCCCCUGACCGGCGCGCUGGAUCUCGCAGGCCUGUACUGCCUCCAGUGCGGGGCGGAGGGCGGAGAUGCAGACCAUCAGGAUAAACCUCAAGAGGAGGCCCAUCCCACCGAUGACGGGCAGGGGACGACGAAUCGGAGCCGAUCCAACGGAAACGCCAGUAAGACCUACUCCUGCAAACUGUGCAGCUUCACCUCGCGCUACUCCAAUCACUUGAAGCGGCACAUGAAAACGCACAACGGCGAGAAGCCGUAUCAAUGCCAGCACUGCACGUACGCCUCCGCCCAGCUGGUGAACCUGCAGAGGCACGUGCGCACCCACACCGGCGAGAAACCCUACAAAUGCGAGUUCUGCACGUUCGCCUGCAACUCCUUGGGCAACCUGAAGAGGCACCAGCGCAUGCACGCGCAAGAGAAAACGCUGGACUGCAACCAGUGUGACUUUCACGCCACCAACAGCCACUCUUUAAAGAAACACAUGAUGAGCCACAAGGAGGAGAAACCGACAGAAGAAGAAGCUGUUGUGUCUGAUCUCACCGUGCACAUCACCAGCGACCCUGACUUCCUCCAGAGCUAUGACACCCUGCAGACAGACCAGCAUCCCCCCACCCUGCUGGACACCCAAGAGUCCGACCCUCUGCCCGAGCUGCUCUUCCCCUUCACGUGCCGCGUGUGCGGCCUGGUCCUGGAGGACGAUGAAGGAGCGGUGACGCAAAUCUGCGGCAAAUGCACGCUGGACAUGCUGUCCAAAAGCUCCCCCGCCAGCCCGGAGAAAUGCGACAAGCUGUUCUCCUGCACCUCGUGCCCUUUCGUGACUCAGUACCCCAACCACCUCGCCCGUCACAUGAAGACGCACAGCGGCGAGAAGCCCUACAAGUGCCCGCAGUGCGACUACGCCUCCGCCCACUUCGACAACCUCAAGCGGCACCACCGGGUGCACACGGGCGAGAAACCGUACAAAUGCCGGGCGUGCGACUACGCCUGCGGCAAUCUGGCCAAUCUGAAGCGUCACGAGCGCAUUCACUCGGGUGCCAAACCGUUCCAGUGUAACGUGUGCAGUUACAGCUGCAACCAGAGCAUGAACCUGAAGCGACACAUGCUGCGGCACACCGGCGAGAAACCCUUCAAGUGCCAAGAGUGCGGCUACACCACCGGCCACUGGGACAAUUACAAACGGCACCAGAAGAAACACGGCCACGCUGCAGAAGGCUGGAUCAAGACGCAGCUGCCGGAGAAAGAGGACGAGGAGGAGGAAGGAGAGAUGGUGUAACGUGAACGGGACGUGUUGUGAUGGAUUCUUGAUUCUGCCGCUGUAGUUUGUUGUUGGAUUUACACUGAAGAUGUCUGCCGGCUGCUAUCUUCACAUAUGCACAAUGAUUCAGUAACGUUGCCUUUCUCUCGUUCUUUUACUGUAAUACCUGGCUGCCACUGAGAGAUGCUGCACUGAUGGGGGACAGAAACACUGAUGCUUAUCAGGGCAUUAUAUAGGAACACUUCAUCUCAUGAAGACUCUGCGUAGAGAAAUGUCUGGGUCGCGUUUAACUCCCAAAUCAAAAGCUGAGAAAUUGUAUUUUGUGUGACGAAACUGAGGCCUGUCUUUAGGACCAUGAACAUUUUUUUUGCAUGGUGAUCCCACAGAAUUCAUUACUGCAUUAUAAUAUUCACACAUGUCAAGUAUUAUUGUAAAGUACAUGUAAGGUCAUCGUUGUAUUUUUUUCUUUUGCUGUUUGAGGGAAAAUGACUCUUUAAAUGUCACUAUGCAAAAAUAAUCUAAAUGGUCUUACAAAUACGGUUUAUUAUGCAAAAUAUUAUAGCUUUUUUUUCUUUUGAUUAUUAAAUGCAGUAUGACCCAGACAUCUUUGUGGGAUUCACGUGUGUGCGUGCGCAUGAUUGUGUAUCUUUUAUUUGACUUUCAGAUUUCCUGCAGUUCAAUUUCGAUAAAAGUGUGACGCCUACUGUGAAGUUGUCCUUGCAAAAAGGAAUCAUAUGGAAACCUGUAAAGGUUUAUUUUUCUCCAGCAUUUACUCAAUUAUCAUUUGAUUCUUUUCCAAACAAACCAGUUAGUUGAGGAAAAAAGACACAGGCCACACUUUACGGUCUUUUACCGUUAUUUUAUUAAAAAGGACAUGAGCAGUUUUGCGAAAAGCAUUUUGUUGACAGAUCAUGUUAUAAAAGGAAUAUUUUCAUCAUUGUGGUUUUGAUACUGCUUUCAUGCUGUCACAGCAAUGUCACUGUAAUGGAUCAUGUACAUUCAGUGCAAAUCAGGGAAUAACUCCAUGACAAGCACAGCACUGAAUGACGUCUGCUCUCAUGUGAUUGAUUGAUUAUUUAUGUACUGUAUGUGUUCUUGUGGGCUGCAUUAAGCUUUCUGAUGUUUGUACACAAAUCUGACGAACUGUCAAGUGGCCUUUGGUUUUCAAAAUAAAGAUGUUUUUAGCUUUUAUUAAAAACAUUCGCCUUGAGACAUUUGUAACACUAGAUGGGAAAAAGAGUUUGAUUCAUUGUUUGAUGUGUGAUCUGAUGCCCCAGUUUGAAGCACUGGAACAUUUCACUGGUUGUAUUUCUUCACUCGUCUCUAUUUGAAACCCUGGCGUUGGCUUUAUAGAAACUAAAUAUAAUUAUCAAGGAAUCUGAUACUACAAACAAUGUCUAUUUCUGUCCUGUAGAGAGCAGAGAAGAGCUUUGACAGACUUCAGAGAAAAGCACAAAAUGUUGUAACAAUAACCAAUUUGCACU